AUGACCCGGGUCUACGUUUAUACGGCGGGCCUGGUGGCCUUUGUUGCCGCCACGGCCAUGAUUGUCGCCUCCAUCGUCGAACCCCAUUGGAUCUCGUACUCGGUGACGACGACCAAAGGCGAGACGCUCGAGAAGCACAUUGGGCUGCACAAGAGCUGCUCCAGCCUCGACGACCCCUACUGCCGCGACUUCCCGUCCCAGGAGCUCUGCCAAUACGGCGAGCGCUACUUCUGCUCCAUGUGGCGGACCGUCGGCUUCAUGGCCUCGUUUGGCAUCGUCCUGUGUCUGGCGACGCUCAUUUCCUUUGCCAUCGUCAUGGGCGGCGGCAAGUACCGGCGCGAGACGGGGUGGCCCUUUGUCGCCGCCCUGCUGUCGCUCGUGUCCGUGGUCGAGUUCAUCGUCAUCUCCAUUGUGGCGUUCUUGUACGACCACGACGCCCAGUUUACCAUUCCGGGAUGGAGGCUCGAUGUUUCGUGGUAUCUCGGCACGGUCAGCGCUGCGCUGUCGUUGAUCACGGCGGCUGGCCUGGCUUCGUCUGCCUACUUUCUUCCGCCGGAAGAAGGUUACGAGUUUCUCGACGAUCCGCUUGAUGCUUGA